CUGGGGUUUGGGGAACUAAACACCAGUGGCCGCAGGUUUAGCAAUGAGUUCGAAAUCCGCUUGGCCGAUGACCCGCUGGGUUGGAAGGGACAGUCGCCUCUUUUCGUCACAUUCAGGGCGCCAACAUGGAUGCUGCUGUUGGAGCCAUCAACUGCCGUCAUAUCUUUCGGUGUUCA